GCGGCUCAUUGGGCGCGCACGGGUGCAGGCAUGCAUGUGUCUCGUGGAUUUUAGACUGAACAGUUCUCAAUGACAUAUUUGGUAUGUGAUCAUCGCGAUCUGGUGGGUUAAAGUCUGUCUCGUUGUGCCUUUAAAUAACUUGCACUUGAAUAUUUUCAGUCGCACAGAUGAUUAGUUCAGCGUCAGCCUCCAGAGGACAUAAACUGACCACUGGAAAUCAACAGGCAAGUUGAACUCGAAUCUGCUCGAUACAUACUUGAACACUGAAUCACAAUGUGCCGUCCAGUUAGGUAGAACGUUUCAAUCAUUGACGGUGCUGGAAGCUGGGCAAAGAUAAUUCAGCUUUACAGCAUCAGUAGUAUUGCUGUAACAUGGUGGAAGAGAGUAUAUGCAAUGAACGGACCGAGGAAAAUAAGGAGGAAAUGAGGACUGAUGACAAUGGACACACUGUGGAAAGUGUGGCUCCAGAGUCAGUCAUCCUUGAAACCAAGGAAGACCUGGAAAGCCAAGCGCAGAAGACCAGAUCCUGGAUAUGGUCCGUUGUUUACCUUUGUUUCUAUGGCUUCAUGGUGCAGCUGAAGCCCGGAGAGCCGUUCAUCACACCGUACCUGCUCAGUGCAGAGAAGAACUUCUCCAGAGAACAGGUUACCAAUGAAAUCACCCCAGUCCUCUCAUAUUCCUAUAUGGCCGUGCUGGUGCCCGUGUUUCUGCUGACAGAUUACCUACGCUACAAACCUGUGCUGAUCCUUCAGAGCUUGAGUCAUGUUUCCAUUUGGCUCUUGCUGCUUUUGGGCACCUCGUUGCUGGAGAUGCAGUUCAUGGAGUUCUUUUACGGCAUCACCAUGGCUGCCCGUGUGGCGUACUCCUCCUACAUCUUCUCUCUAGUACCAGCGACUGUUUACCAGCGUGUAGCCAGCUAUUCCCGCUCGUCGGUGCUCAUGGGAGUCUUCACGAGCUCUGUGCUGGGUCAGCUGUGUGUGUCACAGGGGGACGUAUCAUACAAGACGUUAAGCGCGGUCUCUCUGGGGUUUGUCAGUUUCGGGCUACUCUUGUCCUUCUGCUUGCCGUGGCCCAAGCGUAGCAUGUUUUUUAACCGAGCCCGUCUGGAGGAGGAGAGGAAGGAAGCAGCUCGAUCGGAAUUGGCCAGAAUGAAGCCUGAGGAGAAGGAUGGCAGUGUGGCAGCACUGGGCAGUAACCACAAUUCCCUUUCCUUGGCAAAUUCAGUGUUUGUUCAGAUGCUGAAGGAGUUGAAGAAUGUUGUGAAAGUGCCUAGUUUAAGGCUUUGGAGCUUGUGGUGGGUGUUCAACUCCACUGGUUACUAUUUAGUUGUGUUUUAUGUGCACAUCCUGUGGAAUAAAGUCUACCCUGCCACGGAAAACAAGCAUGUCUACAAUGGAGCUGUUGAGGCUGCCUCCACAUUAUUAGGUGCAAUCACGUCAUUUGCAGCAGGCUAUGUGAAGAUUCGAUGGAAUCUGUGGUCUGAACUGGUGAUUGGAGUGAUCACUGGAGCACAGGCCGGUCUACUGCUUCUCAUGGGACUCACAGGAAAUAUCUGGGUUUGCUAUGUGGCAUAUGCCCUGUUCAGAGGCUUCUACCAGUUUCUGGUGCCUAUUGCCAUUUUCCGGAUUGCCUCCUCUCUCACUAAAGAAUUGUGUGCUUUAGUGUUUGGAGUAAACACAUUUCUUGGAACAAUCCUGAAGACGGUCAUCACUCUCAUUGUGGCAGAUAAGAGGGGAUUGGCUUUGGAUGUUCAUUCUCAGUUUUUUGUUUAUUUCUUUUACUUCACUCUGCUGACUGUGAUUUAUCUGGGCUGUAGUGCCUUUAUCAUCAUGUGUCAUUACCGCAAUCAAAGCGCAGGGCAAGAGGCUACGGAAGGAGCCAUAGCCACUGAACUUAGUCCCAUGACAACAGCUAAUGACGGCACAACCGCACAUAAUGGAGUCGGCAUCAAGACAUGAGAUUCAAAGGAAAUGUGCCUAUAGAAGGAGUUUCUCCAUCUCUUUAGUUGUUACUUUAAAAUCAGAACAUUUAUUUUAAGUAUGAAUAGCCUUGUUUUUAUCAUUUUAUGUUUGUCCAUUUGUUAGGAAUGGCACUAGAUUUUUUUUUUUUUUUAACCUCAUCAAAAUCUAAUUAUACAUUUUGUGGAAAUUAAAUGUAGUGAUUGAGGUCAGUAGGAUGGUACGCCAAUGGAAAAUCUAGUCUCGGAUCGAGAUAUUGCUAGAUCUGGAUGUCUUUGUUUAUUUUUAUAAGGUUAUCUUUGUUAGGGUUAACAAAGUGUAAAAUAAUUUUAUAAGGAAUGUUUGGAAGCCAGUCUGAUAGGAUUACUUUUUAACUUAAGAGUACCGUGAUGCCAGAAGUAUUAUUUGCAGCUAGAUAUUGAAGUUUAAAUAAUUACUAUUGCACAACCGUUCCAGUGAGGACCAUUUUUCUUCCAGUCUUUUCUUUCAUUCCAGGAUCGCUCAGAAAUAGGUACUGCUUAGGAAUGGGAAAAAGAAAAACUCAUAGUGGAGCUAGGGUGGAGUGGCAACAGAAUUUUUUAAACAGGAAGGGGAAAUUGCUGCAUUCACACUGUUGCUCAGUUCUGUGCAAUGCUUGGUGAUAUGAAUAUUUUGAUGCCUAUAACCUGUAUAAAAGAAAUUUUGGUAACACUUUACAAUAAGGUUUCAUUAGUUAACUACUUUGGUUAACAUGCACUAAGAAUGAACAAUAUGUCUACAGUAUUUAUUAAUCUUAGUUAUGUUAAUUUCAACAUUUACUAAUACAUUGUUAAAAUCAAGAGUUGUAUUUAAUGCACUGUGAACUAACAUGAACAAUCAAUGAACAGCUGGAGUUUUGUUAACAAAUUAUGUUAACAAACAAAUUAAUGUUAACAAAUGAGACCUAAUUGUAAAGUGUUACCGUAAUUUCACACGAAUAAGAAUGUAUUGUACACAAGACACUUAGUUCUGCUUAGUUCUACUGAAUUUUAAAAUAAAUACUACUGUUUUAUAGUGUGAUCACAUUAUAGGAGCUCCAGACCAUGUCAAAUUACAAAUAAAUUGUUAUUAAAUAAAAAGUUUGAGCAAU